GGCGUGGGCCCUGCUGCUCGUGGUGGUCAACUCUUGCCCGCAGUACAGAGGCAGUCUUUUCUCCCUCCAGCUAGGUCUCGAGCCGGAAGGAGUGAAACAGCUGAUUUUUAAAUGGAGGAGAGGGGAAUCAAUAUUUGACCAAGUGGUAGAAUCGGAAGUAACCAAGAAAGCCAAUAAAAAGAGAGAGGCAGAGAAUGGGAGUCUGAAAAAUGGUCUCCAAAUUGAAUUUCUUCCUGGAAACGCUCCAAGUAAUUUUGCUGUGCAUCUAUUAUCUGCUGGAGUUUUUCUUAUCAUUUCUCUUUGCACGGAAGAAAAACAUUGCUGGUGAAAUAGUGCUUAUAACUGGAGCUGGAAGUGGAAUGGGAAGGCUGAUGGCUUUAAAAUUUGCUCGACUUGGAGCCAUUUUAGUUCUUUGGGAUGUUAACCUAGAAGGAAACAAAGAAACCGCUAGGUUAGCACGUAAAAUUGGGGCUGUGAGAGUACACGACUACAUUUGUGAUUGCAGCAAAAGGCAAGAAGUCUAUCAAGUGGCAGCUCAGGUGAAAAAGGAAGUUGGUGAUGUUAGUAUCCUUAUUAAUAAUGCUGGCAUCAUAACAGGAAAGAUGUUUUUGGACACCCCAGAUAUGCUUCUGGAGAAGAGUAUUCAAGUGAACACAAUGGCACACUUUUGGACUAUCAAAGCAUUUGUUCCAGCCAUGGUAGCCUCUAAUCGUGGACAUGUGGUGACUAUUUCAAGUGCAGCUGGCUUUAAUGGAGUCAACAAAAUGGCUGAUUACUGUACAAGUAAAUUUGCAGUUCUGGGUUUGGCUGAGUCUCUAGCUUUAGAGAUGUUGGCAAUGAAAAGGAAUGGUAUUAAAUCCACAAUUGUCUGUCCAUAUAUAGUGAACACUGGAAUGUUUGAUGGCUGUGAAACAAAGUGGCCUUAUUUGCUGCCCAUUAUAGAUCCAGAAUAUGCUGUUGAAAGAAUUGUGUCUGGGAUACUCCGAAAUGAACGGUAUAUCUUCAUACCACGAAGUCUAUACCUCUUUAAUGUAAUCAAAAGCAUGCUUCCUGCAAAAAUAGUUGAUGUCCUUUAUGACUAUUUUGGAAUUUUACAAGUUAUGAAUAGAUUCAAAGGUCGGACAACGAAGACUGAAGAUUACAAAUAUCAGACAAAAGCAAUAAAACCUCCAAGUUCCCUUGACUGAUUGUAAAUUGAGAAGCUGGUAUUUAGAACUUCCACUUUCAUUAUGUUGUUGCAAAAGGGUACACUUAAAACAACAAAUCUGGAAGGGCUUACUAACAAAAAGUGAAAUACUGAAAGCAGAGAUUGAAUAAUUUUAACUACACCUGUUUUUAGAAUUGCUGAAAUAUAACUUGAAGGUGAUGCUUUAUUUCAAUAAAGUUACUGAGUUUUAAGGAACAAA